AUUAAACUAGAUGUGGCGAAGUGGACAAGAUGGAGGCCAAAAAUUAAGUGAAUGGGAAAGAAGAUUCUCUUAUCAAAAUAAAUAAAUAUUAAUGAUUGUCAAGUGAAUUUCUUCAUAACAAGCGACUUAAUUUCCAGAACUUGAAAAUUUAUUAUGAUUCUGUAACUAGGAUGGUAAACAUGUAGUGGCAUUAAUGAGAAUAAAAAGUAACUCUAUUUUUCUUCAUCUUAAAAUUUUUAUUCAGCUAGAAAACUGAAGAAACUUUCACAAUGUUUGUGAAAGAUCCUUGUGGAAUAUUAUGCAUUUUAAUAACGUACAUAGCAGUGUUUUAUGCAGAUUAUGUUAUAAUUAAAUGGAUUGUUUUUCAAACAAUGUCGGACAGUCUAUGGGGUACAUUUAACGUUGUUAUGUUCAAUACUGUAAUAUUUUUAUUAUUGAUUUCACAUAUCAAAGCUGUCAUGACUGAUCCUGGUACUGUACCUCUUCCACAGAGUAGAAUAGACUUUUCAGAUAUGCAUUCUUCUGAUUCUGGUAAGAGUGGCUGUGAAUUUGUGAAUUGGACAGUUUGUGCAAGAUGUGAAACAUACAGACCUCCACGAGCACAUCAUUGUAGAAUAUGCCAAAGGUGUAUAAGAAGAAUGGAUCACCAUUGCCCUUGGAUUAAUAACUGUGUGGGAGAGAGAAAUCAAAAGUAUUUUAUUCAAUUUUUAAUUUAUGUAGGCACCCUAUCUGUUUAUGCUAUAACAUUAUUGGGCAUAUCUUGGGUAAAUGGUUGUGAGGGAUGUAGUGAUGAUAUUCCAUCUAAAGAAGCUAGAAUAUUACACAAUAUAAUACUCUUUCUGGAAAGUGUCUUAUUUGGAUUAUUUGUUGCUGCCAUUUUGAUUGAUCAAAUGCAGUCAAUCUUAAGUGAUGAAACAGCAGUAGAACAAAUUCAAAAGAAGGGUCCUUAUAGACCGUAUAAACCCAAAAUGGUUUUACUCAGAGAAGUUUGUGGCAGAGAACAUCCUUUAUUAUGGUUGCUUCCAUGUUCCGCAGUGCCAAAGAAAGUUGACAUACCACUGAUUGAUUAUCAAGUUUAACAUUCUUGCAUUUUAAUUAUGGUGUAGCCAAGAAAUGGCUUACGUUAUUCUUAAAUCCAUAAUAAUGUGAUUAUUUUAAUGGUAAUUAAUUUAAUUUUACUUGUAUAACAACGAAAUAAGACCAAAAUGAUAUUUUUCUAAUAACAAUUUUGAAAUCAAUAUUUAAAAAAGGUAUUAUUAAUUCUAAAAAUUUGAAGUUGAAAAAUGCAAAACAUCAAUAUAGGUCACUAGCUUAUUGUGAAAUAAACAUUCGCAAAGUUAAGCUUAUGCAUAUGUUAAAAUUAUUACAUUUAAUACUAUCACUUUUCUAUAUCAAGAUUAACUAUGUUCAUUGGGAAUUUUUUAAUUAAACACAUUCUGGCAAUAAACUUUUUGUUUAGAGAGUCAUGUUUUAUAAUUUUACAUAUAAAUACUGGUUCAGAAUUUAUACAUUGGUCCAAAAAUCCAAAAAGAGCGAUUUGUUGUAAAUUUCAUGAUGUUUUGAAUUGGCAACAAUAUCUUUAUCUUUCAUUAUAUAAAUGCACAAAAGUAACAACUUUUUUAAAAAUCGAUAAUUCCGUCUAGAAAUCAAAUGUCUUCACUUGGCAAUGACGCUUACUAUAAUUAAUAUAUCUGGCUGGAGCAUGCAACCUUGCACGAUUUAUAAUUAUAACUUCCGAAUUCUUUAUUAAAAUUAUAUUGAUAAUUCUUUUCUUUUGAUAAUGCGGACCCUAUUAUGUUUAGAGAAUAUUCAUAGACCACAUAUCUAAUUAACUUUUUAAUUAUUAAUUCACUUUUUAAAUAGAUUCAAACUUGUAGAGAUUUAAUUUUUAUCUAAAUGUAUUUGAGGAACAUGAUACUUAUGUUUGAAGAAACUUAUACUCUUAAUGUUUAAUGUUUCUUAAGCCUCAAAUACAAAAAAAAUGUGUUAAUAAUUAUUAUAACUAAAUAUAUUAGAUAAAACCUGACAGCAUUGAAUAGGUGUUUAUAGUGAUUUCAGAUUCAGUUUUUUAUAAGCUUAAAAGGUCUAUUCGUGGAUGUCUUUGUAUAUAAUACAUACACUUUUCUCUAAAAUCCAAUAAUAAAGAAAAUACUACCCUUUAGAAGGGUGAAUGAAUAUCUGCUAACUGCUUAGAAUUAACUAAUACAUAUUUUGGGAAGCUUUAUAAGAGAUUGGGAUAAUUACUUUUAUUUAACUCCAUACAAAUCUCCAUAUGAAUACAGGGUAGUAUAGAAAUCUAAUAAGUAUAAUAUUACAUUCAUCUAAUUUCUGCAAGCACCCUUUUUGUGUAGAAAAAACUAUGGAAAAAAUUUUAAUAAUAAUUAUUUUGAAUAAUUAAAAAAAAUGUUAUAAUAACUCUCACAAGCACACUACUCAGUAUUCAUAUGUAAUGAGGUAGAUCGUGUUAAGAUUUUAAUCAUCCUUAUGUCUUAUAAUCAUCCCUAAAAAAUGAACUGUGUAAUCAUAAACAUUUUUGUUGAUAUUUGAAUCACACUUUUGAAGGUUGUAUAAUCUAGUUUAAGAAAAAAGUGUACAUACAGAAAGUACUAUUUUUUUUUAACGUACCAGCAGCUCUACAAAUUGAUGUAUAAAAUUCUGUACCACCUUGUAUAAAUAAUACAGAAGUUAUUAAGAAUAUUUUUGUGAAAUUGAACAUAAUAUAUUUCUUGGAAUUGUUUCAUCAUCAUGUCAUAACUUGUAUAUACAAAUUGUAUUUUAUUAUUAGUAAUGAUGGAAAUUCUUUUAUAAAAAUAUUUCCUUUGGCUAUAAACCUUUCUUAUAACUGAAAAUUUGACAUUUUUACACCUUUCAUACACUUUGAUACGUUUUAUACUUCUUCCCCUUUUUACACUUGCAUUAUAACAUUAAAUGUUUCUGAACUAAUCUUUCUAUCACCAAGUACAGAUACAAAGAGACCGAACAUAAUGUUGAAAAAAUAGAAUUAAUUUGAGAGAGCAGAUUUUUUACUGGUAGACUGGUUACCCGCUUUUGUAGUUAUAAAUAAAGCUACUUUUCCAAAGUUCUGAUUUGUCUUUUGAAGACCAGAAAUUGCGCUAUUGGAGUAUGUAUACUUCCUGAGGGCAAUAAUUUUUUUCAACUUCCCAAUAUAUUACAAUCCACCAAUACAACAUAAACAAUGAUGGGUAGAUAAUAAGCAAUAGGUAUGACAAUUAAAAGACAGUACAUAUCAAGUGAUGCACCCUUUUAAAGUUAGUCUACUACCACAGUAUAGACUAACUUUUACAUUAGACGUUUUUAAUAUAUUUCUAGCUAAUGCUUAUGUAUGUAUUUAUAGCUAAUGUAUAACUAAAUCUAAUGGUGAAUUUACGCAUGCAGGGUUUCAGUGUCUAUAAUAAAAAUUAUCGCCCCAGUAAAUUAAAUUAGCAAGUGUAAAGAACGACUUGUAUAAAAAUUUUUAGUUUGAUCUUCGUUUCGCUAAAGCUUCUAAGUUUUCUUGAUUGUUAUUUAAUUUUAAUAUGGCUAUAAAAUUGUUAAUCAGAACUGAUCAUCACAUUUCUUGAUACCUGUGUGUAUGAAAUGUACAGGGUGUCAAACAUAAGGUGACCCAAAUACUUUUCUCAAAACCUAUAAGUUAUCAAAAAACUUUAAUUACAAAAGUUUUUUGUAUUUGAAGGAAUUCUUAGAUUAUUGACUUUUGAAUUAUACAGUAUUGAUAUCAACUUUGGAAUUUUAAAUGGAACACCUUAUAUUUUAUUGCGUUUUUUGAUUUAGCGGUAAAAACAAAGGUAACUUUCAUGAGACUGACCUAUUUGAUUUCCGAACAGUUUAGGCAGUAUUUGAGGUUGUUUGAAUUUUCAUUUGGUAUCAUUUGCAGAAUGAAUUUUUAAACACAAAAUUUAGGUUUAUUGAAUCUUUGUUAUUUUCUAGUCUAGAAUCAUACUGGGUGUAUUUUUUACCGUAUGCGCUUCGAUUUUUGUAGAUAACAAAAUAUCAUUUUUUUAAAUGGCACAUGGUAUAUUAUACCUUUAAUAUAACGCGCAUAAAAAUAAGAAUCUUCUCAUACAUACAUGUCCUAUACCUAUAUAUAAUGGUUGUGGAAUUAUUUGACUUUUUCUAAUUUUUUCGCUAAUUCUAUAUUGAAAAUAAUGUAACACACUGAGUAUUACCUUUUUGAAAAAAACUACAUAGAAAAUGUUCAUAAAAAAUAAAAAGCUAUAAAAAUAUCGAAACUCAUACAGAAUAAAAACACCCAGUAUAAUUCUAGACUAGAAAAUCACAAAGAUAAAAUAAACCUAAAUUUUGUGUUUAAAAAUUCAUUCUGCAAUAAAAAAUAAAAAAUUCGAAUAACCUCAAAUAUUUUCUAAAACUGUGCGGAAAUCUUGUGAAAGUUACCUUUGUUUCAAAUACAAAAGACUUUUGUAAUUAAAGUUUUUUGAUAACUCUUACAGGUUUUGAGAAAAGUAUAUGGGUCAGCUUAUGUUUGACCACCUGUACAUAGACAAAUAUAGUCGUGAAAACGCUUAUCAAAAACUUUUGAAUUUAUGGAUAUUAAAAGCUUUUGAAUUGCUGAAGUUAAAUCAAAAAUAUGUAAUUUGAAGAAGAUUUUUAUAGUUUGCAAGAAAGAUCCUAUGCUGCGAGUUGUCCUAGAAGUUUUACCGAAGCACUCAAAAUAUGUCGACGCAUGGUUCAACCCAAACUUUAGGAAGUACAUUAGACAUAGUGCGCACUGUGAAAAACAGUUUGAAAAAUGAAAACUGUGUGCAAAUUAUUUUUGUUUUUACACAAAGUGUAAACCUGAUCAAGUAGAACUGAUACAAUUGAAUCCAUGCAUAUGUAAACUCACCAUACCAUAGACCUUUAUAUUGGUGAGUGGCUGUAUUGGUUAUAAACCAUGGGAGUACUAGUAUCGUUUUUAGAGCUUUGGACUGAAAUUUCUAUAUAAUUUCAAUAUUUAAAUUUACUGUUUGAAGGGCAAUAAUAAUAACGGUAUCGAUGCUACUUAAAUACUUGCAUAGCCAGUAUACAUAUAAAUAAGUAUUGUAAAAAGAUUAUACCGUUAGGCCUCCUUGUAUCUAUACUUCGUGCUUUCAAUGAUGAUCUUCAAAACAUCACAAUACUAAAUGUAAUGUAACCAAGCUGGAGAAGUUAUUUUUUUCCUUGUAACUUGUCCUUUGCUCUAUAUGAUUACGAAGAAUAUUAUAGAGAGGACUCAAAUGUUCUAAAUUGUUCUGAAGAGAAUAUUCUAGAGCAACAGGGUGAGGAGUAGAUAGAAUUUACAAAUAUAUCAUCAAUAAUAUGAAACUAACAAUGUGUUAUAUAUUUGUAAAUUCGAAACUGAAUAUAUUAAUUCAAAUGUUUGUCAAAGAAAUAGGUAACUAACGUAUAAAAAACUAUAAUACUAUGUUUUUUAAACUUUGUGUCUUCAAUUAUGUUAUUUGUUGUAACAGUGUCACCUCACACAUCUUCAGACCAAAGAUUCUACUCUGAAUAGAGGAGCACUAGUUACAUUCAUAACCAAAGAGGUUUCAGUCUAUACUAUAUGGUUUUUAAGCUAAAUAGAACUGAACUUCUUUACUUAAAAGAUCAAUACUUGCAUUUAAAAUUUGAAAAUUAUUUCGAACGUAUGACUGUUCUUGACAAAACACAUUAUGCACGUUGGACAAUGUUGGAAUCCAAGGCGUUAGUCAAUAGUUCACCAGCGUAAUCAGUAACUUCAUGUGACUCCACAGAAGAGAUAUCAAAUCGCAUUAGCUCGGGGGAUAAUUGACAAGUCCACUUCUCAAAAUAAACUUAUUGCCAAAAUUUGGUUUCAAUAUGUCAAUGCUUGCGUUGAAAGAUGCCACCAAUGUGUAAAUCGUACAAAACGGUGUAUUUUUCUAUAAAUAUUGGAGUCUAUUGUUGUAAUUUUGUUUCUAACAAAUCCGUAAACCAAAAAUAAGCAUCAUUCAUGCAUAUGAUGGUCUCGUGACUUUAAUUCCCUGUACUUGUUGGAUCUUAUACGGGUGUAGGCCAAGAUAUUUGCAAGAGUAUCAAUAUCAAUUCCUACAUAAGAAGACUUCUUUCCAAUCCAUUCAUGAUCGAGUAAAUUGAUUAUAAUUGACAAGUUAUGAGCACUGUAUGACAAUUAACCCUUUUGUAAGCUCUAUCGGUCUUUAAGGAAAAUACAGGGUGGCGCAAUAGAACGUGCAUUUAUUAAGUAUUGGUUGAAAAAAUAAAUACAUAAGGUAUUGUUGAAAUAAAAGAUAUAAUGAUUAGGUAAUUAAAUGAAGUUUAUUUUUCAAAAAUAACAUCAUCUAAAUGACGGCACUCCUCUAAACGCGAACGCAGAUUUGUGAAAACUCUUGUCAAAAAUCUGGGCUGAUUGCAGUCAUUUCCUUGCGGAUAUUUUCCUUUAGCUGACUAAUGUCCCUCGGAUUAUUCAUUUAGACUUUAUGUUUGAGGUGUCUCCACAAAAAAUAAUCAAGAGGAGCCAAGUCAGGGCUACGUGGGGGCCAAAGGAUAUCAUCUCUUCUGGAAAUUAGUCUUAAUUAGCAGGAAACAUCUGUCUCACAGCCGCCAAAGAGAUAUUUGAUGUGUGACAGGUCGCUCCGUCUUGUUGGAACUAAGUUCUCGCAUUCGCUAUUCUUUAUCUCGCAAGUUCUGGAGUCAAAUAUUCCUUUAACGUCACAACACAGCGGUCGGUGUUUCGUCCUCGUGAAUCUUCAAAGAAGAAAGGGCCAAUAAUUCCUUUGCUUGUGAUUGCUGCCCACACCGUUACUUUCGGACUAUGCAGUGGUUUUUGAUGUUUCAUUUUUGGAAUUUUUUCGACAAUUUUGUAGGUUUACGAACCCAUUUAAAUGAAAAUGAACCUCAUCUGAAACAAUGAUGUUGUCAAAAGAGGAAAAUCGACAAGCAUUUCUUCGGCAAAUGCCAAUCUUGCUCCAAAGUCGGUAUGUUUUAAUUCCUGUGUUAACUGAAGCUUAUAAGGAUGCAGUUUAAGAUCCUUCACUCUAUCAAUAUUGUCUCUGGUCCUAGACGUUCUUGAACGACCUUUUGCUGGUGGAACGUGGAACCGGUCUCUUCAAAACGCUUAAGCCAUAUUUUAAUUUACACUCGGAGCUCCAUUAAUCGAAGGCUACUAAAACUUCACAAGUGCAACUAACCAAUCACGCUAGUUCUAUUGCGCCACCCUGUACAUAAUACAGUGAAAUUUUGUAUUUUGACUAGGGUUGUAUAAAUAAAAAUCGUUUUUCAAAAUAUUCUUUUCAAAUAGUAAUUGCUAUAAUAGUAUAUUAUUCAAUGAGUGAGUGAUGAUGGAUAUUACUAAUGGAGAUGAUUUUGCAUCAUGUAAUUCAUUCAAAUGAGUAAUAGCUAUCACACAGGAUCUUUAAUCAUAAUAAUUACAUAUUAUCUUAUAGCUAACCUGUAUCGAGCAACAAAUAGAAUUUUUAUAAUUAUUUAUUGUGAUAUUUGUACGCAAAAUAGUGAAAUGAUAUCUGUAUGUAUGUACCUAUUGUGAAUUAGCAAAACAUUUACUAACUUAUUUAAAAUUUAAAAAAAAAAGUACAAUCAUUCCAUUGAUAUAACUUCUAUCAAUGAAAAUGUAGUUGUUGGAAUAACCAAAUAAUUGUUCAAGUCAAAUUAGAACCCUUUUUAAUAAUUUUUUUCUUUAGUACUGAUUCAGCUAUCUUUAAAAUUCCUUAAAUCUGGAAAUAAGCGUUUAAUUUGUGUUUUUUAGGUGAACCCAUAAAAAUUUAUGUUUAUAUUUGUUUUCUACUAGUAUUAUUCUAAAAAUUUAAUGCAAAAAUGGUUAAUGAAAAUUAAACGUUUCUUAAUGAAGAGAUAUACUCACCAAUCCGAAGAAAUGUUUCCAUAAUAUGAUGGUAUUCUCCUUCCUCUAAGUAAUAAAACACUCUAUUAACAUGCAGUAUUAAUUUUGAAACCCAAAACCUUUCUUAAUUUUACUUAUUAAGAAAAAUAAUUUUUUUCUGACUUAAUUACAAAUAGAUUUUUUGUGAAUUUAAUAGGACUCAAAAUAUCGCGUAUUAUAUUUUUUGUUUUCACAAAUAAUUUGAAAUCACUUCGCACAAAAAAUGAUUAUUAAGUAUUAUCAAUUUUUACUUAUUUUCAACUACAUUGAAACCUAUCAAUAAAUACAAAACUUUGGAAUAUUCUUUGUGUUUAUCAUAAAAAGAAACAGAUUACUUCAGUGAUUAUUAUGUUUAUUCAAUUAUUAUUAAAUUUAUUUGUAAUUCUUAAUGGGAUUGAUUAAAUAUUAUACACUCCUAGACAAAAUUAACACACUUUAUUUGGUCAAAACUUUCAACAAAAGAAUUUCAAUUGAGCUCAUUCUUUAACUGAAUUAAAAGCACCCUAUCAUUUUUACCAAAGUUAUAAUCUUAUACCGAAUGGUGUGCUGCAGCUAUUGCAUUGAUUGGAGAAUGCUUCUGACAAGUACAACUAGAAACAAGUUUUUCUAGAGUAUUACGUUUCAAGAGACAAGAAGUUAUUAAAGAUCAUGUCGAACUUGUAGGCGAAUAAUUGUUGCAAAUCAGAGUAUCAGAAUUGAACCUUAGUUAACAUCGGCAUGACUUCCAUUAAUUUCAGCAUGAUUACUAAUUGCUAGAUAUAAUUUGGUAUGGGAAAACCACCAGUAGUCGAACGUAUUGCUCUUGAAUCUAGAUUUGCCAAACUGACAGAACCAUUACUAAUUGCUUGGUAUAAUUUGGAGUGGAAGGCGCCACUUGCCAAAUGUACUGUUUUUGAUUGAGUUCAGGUUUGCCAAAUAGGCAGCAUUAUUACUAAUAGCUAGGUACCUUUUGUACUGGAAAGACAACCAGUUGUCUAAAAUGUACUGAGUUUUGACCUUUGUGAGAGCCCUCUAAAUUUGAGCGCUCUCUGGACUGCCACAGCAAUUCUUGCCUUGAUCUCUGUUGUCACGUCAUUAUCUUAGUUAUUAAAGCUCCAAGAUAUUUGAAUUGGUGGAACACAAGAUGUUCUCUGACUUGGAACGUGGGAGGUCGGUGUCCUCUUAGAAGUUCUCAUGUAUGUAUAUGGUUUUCUGUUCAUUUAUUUAGAGUGCUUUUGUUUCAAUUGCUCGCCCGAACUUCUCAACCGCUCCCGAAAGAGCCGAAGUGUCAACAUCAUUCGCAUAGGCAAGGUGCUGUGUGAGCCUAUUGCAAAUAGAUCCUCCUGGAUGACUUUGUGGCAGUGUUGUCGCUAGUGGGUUCCCCUGACACAAGCCUGCGUUCAUAGUAAAAGUCCCCGAUAUCUUAAUUCUGCAAGAGGCGUUCCUCAUUGUCAUUCUAACCAUACGCACCAACUUCACUGGGAUGCCAAACCCCACCAUGUCCUCAUCCAGCUGGUCUCUGAGGAUAUUGUCGUAUGCCUGAAGUUAAUGAAAAGGUGGGGGUAGAAGGUUUUCUCUAGUAUUAGACGGAACGGUUACGACGGAAACCGUACUGAUACUCACCUUCUUUCUCCAUGUACUCUACCAGCUUUUGGUUCAACCAGGAGAUAUUUUGUAGUCUGUGCACAUUAAAGCGAUGCCCCUGUAUUAUUGAAUGACAUUAAAAGUAUGGUGAAAUUGGUUUCUGAAGUAUCCAAAAUGAUAGUCAAAAGAUUUUACUUAAGCUGGGAGUAGAUAUAAUGAUAAAGAUUAGAAGAGAAUAAGCAGUCUGGUAUACAAACUCUACUUGAUAUUUCAACUCACUUUACCAGCUAUGGUUAAAAAAUUAGCAAUAUAUUGGUUGGGAAUAAGAAUGAAUGUACUAUUAUCAGCCACCAUUCAGAUAAAUUAACCAUUUGCUAACAAACGCUAUCUUGAUAAUAAAAAAACUUAAGGGUAGAAAAGUAUCGCUUGCUCUUUGCUUAUUAAUAUUCUGCUAGAAUGACCAUUAGAACAUCUGUUGUCCCGCAUUUAAAAAACCAUUUUUUCUCGUUUUUUAAAGGGGUGCUAAUAGAAAAUUUUACAUAAUUAGAUGGUACAAAUUAGAAUAAAGCUAACUCCUCAAUUUAAUUAACCUGGCGUUAUAUAUGUGGGGUUUAAUAAGCCCCAGUUGCGGAAAGCUCUUUGAAAAUAAAACCAAAUGUAAAGCUAUGCGUGUGUCCAUCCCUGUAGCUUUUCAAAUAUGUAUCCACCCACUCAACUCAGUACUCGGUUGACAAUGAAUAAAAGCAUACGCUGUUGAAACGCUCUGGGGUGUAUUAAACCCCACCCAUGUAUUCGUGUAACUAAUGUUGUAAAGUUUUUUUUUAUUUAUUGUGAGUUCUACGCAUGUUAAAUGAAACCAAAAAGUUAAUUAAAAUUUUUCUUCAGAAAUACCGAUCAUGUCUUACGAGGAGGAACAGAAAAGGCUCCUGGCGCUAUGGGCUGAGACAGAAACUGAUGAUGACGUAGUGAUUUCAGAGAGCGAAAAUGACACUGAUUUGGUUUUUGAAAAUGAUCCCAAUUUCGGCACCGAUUCUGAGCAGGAUAUAACAAUGGAAGAUCAAACGCCAAACAAUGUUACGGACAAAGAAGCAUCAAAAGGUGAAACUCGAAGUGAUUUGGAAAAUUCAAAUGUGAUCCUCUUUCAAAAAAAACAAAAAUAUGUAUGUUGGAAAAGAUGAAACCAAGUGGGAUAAACAACCUGAAAGUGUACGUGUUUGAACAAGAGCAGAAAACAUCAUUACUUAUUUGCCUAUUGUUAAACAAAUUGCAAAAGUUGCUAAUAGUACUUUAGAAUGUUGGAACUUGUUUUUCGAUAAUGAGAUGAUCGAUGACAUAGUGCGCUUUAUUAAUAUGAAAAUUGAAAAAAAUCCGUUUCAUAUCAAAAUAAAUCUAUUGUAAAAGCUACCAGUGCUCAAGAACUAAAUACAUUUUUCGGAUUUCUUUAUUUUGCAGGAUUUUGCCCGUUCCUACUACGUUCUAAAUAUGGAAGUGUAUCCGGGCCAUACAGCGUUAGUAACUCUACAAAAAAUAUUGUAGAUAGGCUUAUACAACCGAUUUCGUACACUAGUUAUAAUUUAAUGUCAAAGUUGCUCAAGGAUCCCAGCAGGAUUCAUAUCAGUACGAAAAAAGGGAACCAAAUUCGUCGUUAUUUGGCUUUCAAAAAGAUAUUACAUUUUUAUCUUAUAUGCCCAAAAAAAACAAAAAUGUUUUGUUAAUGUCCACUAUGCAUCAUGAUGCAACUAUUGACAAGGAAACUUCUAUAAUUUUACUAAAUCGGAGUAGAUGUCGUCGAUGAACUAUCGUCAACGUUCAAUAUUUCAAGAAAUUCACGUAGGACACUUAAAAUUGUUUUUUCUUUACUGAUUACAGCUCUAUUAAUGCUCUUAUGAUAUACAGAGAAAACAAUCGAGAUUACAAACUUUGAUAAGGAUUUUUAUCAACAAGUUGGGCCUACAACUGAUACAAGGACAGAUUAUUGAUAGGAAGAAUAACCCAAGGGUACCCCGAAAUAUUCAGAAAUUUAAAAAUUUCGAUAAAAAUAAAUCAUUAUUAUGGAUGGAGCAUGCAGUGCUGAGGUGUGAAAAUUGUGUUAAUCUAGACAAGGAGUCAUGAGUUGCAUGUAACUCUCAGAUAUAUUUAUGAAUUUUCUUUUUGCUCCUUUGUUGUUAGACUUGUUUUUUAAAACAUUUUUUAGGGCUAGAUUUUUUACUUUUAUUUAACUGAUUUUCAUCAGGACAAAAUAUAAAUGGUUCUUUUAUUUAGUUUUUUUUGCAAAUAAAUUUUUGGUAAAGUAUUUUUGUGUGUUAAUUUUGAUUUCUAGAUUUCAUAGACCCCACGUAUGUACUGGUGUAAGAAUUUUCCACCUAUGUAACGCCGGGUUAAAAGAUUCAAUUUUUUUGUAAUGAUAGCUUUCCCGAAAAGCACGUUUUUUUAUCGCUUUUUUGGUGGUGGCAAAGCAUUUAAUAGUAUUUUUCUGUUAAUACAAAAGAAACGUAGCUAACCAUGUGCGAUUUUUCUAUAGAAUCCAUCAGGGUUUUUCCGAUCGAAUAUUGUUUAAUAUUAGUUGGAAUCCGCUUAUCGUGUAACACCUUUCACAUUUCUAUAUACAUAAUUCUAGAUCACUCUGUAUAAUUACAAUUUGACUUACUACUUACUAAAGAUUCAUUGAUAUCAUACAAUUUUUGUUAAUUUCUUCAAUAAAAUUAUUUAGAAAAAAAAACUAGUAACAACCCUUAUCAAUUCACAUUUUCUGGAUAUAAGUUUAACACUUAUUAACAGAUUGUAUAUUACAGUUUCUUUAUUUUUUAAUGACUAAUUUAGGUAUUGAUACAAUAAAUAAGAAAUUUUUUAUACAACGGGUACAUAUAUAUGUAAGAUAUACUUUUGAUUAUUUUCACUUGUUUAUUUAAUUUUGGACAAAAUUUAUCGAAUCAUUAUAUUGUGAAAUUAGUUGAAUUUUUUGAACAAGAAUUUCACUAAUAAUACAACUAUAAUAGUUUGAUAGAAAAAACAACUUACAGUCAAUUAUUUUAAUUCAAGCAUUAAGACAUUUGGCCUAUUUUUUUCACUUCUGUAUAUCUUGGGUUGUGUUUUACUUUUUGUGAAUAUUUAGUCUUAUUGCUAAAAGUACUUUAAUUUAUAUCUAUACAAUGAGUUAUAUACACUGAAAUAUAUAUUUUUUGUUUA